AUGGCCACCUCCGAGACCACCCACGACGAAUACGUCUGCAUCACCCUCAUAGGCGCCGGCACGAUCGGCCUAUCCUUCGCAGCGCUCCACCUCACUCACCUCCGUGACCCAUCUCAUCUCACCAUCUUCGAUACUCGCGACAAUCUCACGGCUUACGUCCACUCGAAUCUCCCCAAAUACCUUCCCCCUGAGCAACAUGCCUGGGUUGAGCAAAUCCAACUGGCGACCUCGCUCCCUGAAGCAGUCGCAAAGGCCACCAUAAUCCAAGAGCAAGGGCCCGAAAACGCUGCCUUCAAGACAGCCAUCUGGGCCGAAAUCGAACGACAUGCCCCCGAGGAUGCCUUACUUUGGAGCAGCACCUCCGGCAUCCCUGCCUCGAUCCAGUCCCAGAAAAUGAGGGACCCGUCGCGUCUGCUGGUCGUGCAUCCGUACAACCCGCCUCACAUCAUGCCGCUGCUUGAAGUCGUCCCUUCGCCAGCGACAUCUGAGGCCGUGGUCGAGCGGACGGUAAGCUUCUGGCGAGCGAGAGGCCGCACGCCGGUGGUUGUGAAGAAGGAAUGCACGGGAUUUGUGGCGAACAGGCUCGCAUUUGCUCUACUGCGCGAGAGUAUCCAUCUGGUUCGUUCCGGCGUUGUUACUGUCGAGGAACUGGACCGUAUUGUGGAAACUUCAAUGGGACCGCGGUGGGCUGUUGCGGGACCGUUCAAGAGCUACCAUGCUGGUGGAGGUGCGGGCGGUUUUGAGGCGUUCAUGAAGAACAUUGGGGGUACGGUGCAGGCUUGUUGGGAUGAUCUGGGCGAUGUGCGAGUAGGUGAGGGACAGGGGUGGGAGGAGGAUGUCUAUGCGCAGACGAGGGCGGCGUAUGGGGUUGUGGAUACCGGAUUGAGGGAUAAGACUACGAAAAGGGUACAACUGCAUGGCAUCGAUGGUGCAAAGCCAAUAAUAACAUAUGCUCUUGUCACUGAAGACCAGUUCAAAGCCUUCUCAAGCGACACGACUUCCAUCACGUCUAACGACGAUGACAGCGAUGGCGUGCUAGAUCUAUCCGCAGCGGUCAAGCACGCGUAUCUACACCCUUACGUUGAAAGCGACCCUGAGAUUGCUUCUACAGCUUCCACCGACUCAGAUCCAUCUACCAAUCUGCGGGAUAGGAUGCCUUCCGCCUCCAGUACCUACAGUCAGAACAGCACGUUUGACGCCACGAUGGCGAGUGAGGCCUUUCCCAGCACCAGUCCCGGUGCUCUCCGCGUCCUUAUGAUCGGCAAAGGUAGCUGCGAACAUGCUCUUGCAUGGAAGCUCUCCCAAUCACCGCUUGUCUCACAGAUCUACAUCGUUCCCGGCAACGGCGGCACGGUGAGUGGAGUGGACAAGGUCAGCAACAUCACAGAUCUUCCAGUGGACGACAUUCCGGACUUGGUAGCCCGAGCUCAAGAGCUGGACAUUGGUCUUGUGGUGCCUGGCCCGACCGAUGCAGUUGUUGCUGGCAUCGCAGAUCAACUUGAAGAAGCCGGCAUCGCGUGGUUUGGACCAGUCCAAGAGGCGGCCAUCAUUGAAGGGAGCAAGGCUUGGGCGAAGGCCUUUAUGAAGCGUCACGACAUCCCUACCGCGUGCUACCGCACCUUUGGUCAAAGCUACGUGGAGUACAUCGAAGCUACUCGGUUCCUUGAAUAUCUAUUUGAUAAUAAGGUCAACUUUGUCAUCAAGGUAUCAGACUUCGCUCCGGGCAGACGUGUCUUUUUCCCCACAGACCUUGUCGAAGCGUCGGCUGUGGCAGGUAAGAUCAUGCUCGCUGGUCCGCACGGCGAGAACGGGAGAGAGAUUAUCGUAGAAGAGCUGCAGGAGGGUGUGGAGAUCAGUCUGUUGACCUUUUCUGAUGGAGUGACGCGCAAGACGCUGCCGGCGGUCCAGGCCCCCAAGCAAGACUUUGGCGGAGAUAAAUGGCGUAGCGCGAGAGCAAUGGGCGGGUGGGCACCUGCUUCUGUUGUGACUGAGGAAGUUAUGGAAGACAUCGAGGAAAGAAUCCUGAAGCCGACCUUCUGUGGGUUCAAAGCCGAAGGAAAGACGUUCGCUGGCGUGUUGCUCACCCGUAUCAUGCUGACAGAGGAGGGUCCGAUAUGUCUAGGCUACAACGUCCGCUUCGGCGAUCCUGAGACGCAGUCAUUUCUGCCACUGUUGAGUGCGGAUACCGACCUCAUGGAAGUUCUACUUGCCUGUGUGCAGAUACGCCUGGAUGAAGUGAGCAUUCGGACAAUAGAUGGUUACGUAUGCAACGUCGUCGUUGCCGCCAGAGGAUAUCCUGGAGAGUAUGACACUGACAAGCUAGUGAGCUUCACUGCCCGGCCAGAGGGCGCAUUGAUGUUCCAUGCUGGGACACAUGUUGCCGAUGAUGGGACUAGAACCACCGGCGGGCGCGUCGUCAGUGUUGCCGCUACUGGAGAGACGCUUGAAGCCGCCGUCAAGAAGGCCUACAAUGGUGUACGCUCUGUCAGCUUCGAGGGUAUGAAGUACCGGAAAGAUGUCGGCACCGAGUAA